GUGUAGACUGAGAAAGCGAGAGAGAGCCCUCAGUCUUUCAGAUCUUCGCUGUGGUGAGGACACCCAGCAGAAGUGCAUUCCUGAGGCAGUCAGCGAGCGGGCGAGCAAGGAGAAGGCAACAAGACAGAUCAAAAACACAGAGCGAAGGAGAAGUCGCGGCAUCCUUUAAAUCUCCCCUUGACCACGUCUGACUGCCUCUGUCCGACUCGCACGCUCCUCGCACACGCUCAUUCGCCUGCCUCGUACACUACAGCCGCACAACCGGCUCUGCUGCUCUGUCAGAAGUAAAGGAUUUCACCGAGCGAGGCAGGCAGACAGGGACAGAAAGAGAGAAUAAAAACAAACUGAGGAAAUAAAAGGCACAGAUCAGAGAACAAGGUCAUCUCUUGCUCGAGUUGGUGCCAUGCAGCGUUGAGCUGAGCCAAGCUGAGCUGAAGAUAUCUGUUUUGAAGACCAUCUUACCCUUCACCCCACCCUGACCGGUCCCAGAUGGAGCUCAAAGUGUGGGUGGAUGGAGUGGUGCGGGUGGUAUGUGGCCUAUCAGAGGAGACGUCCUGUCAGGAUGUGGUCAUUGCUCUGGCCCAGGCCAUCGGUCAGACAGGCCGCUAUGUUCUGAUCCAACGUCUGAGGGACACAGAGAGGCAGUUGCUGGCUACAGAGAGGCCCCUCGAGUCCUUGGCAAAGUUGGGCCAACAUGGGAGUGAAGUUCAGUUCUUCUUGCGACGCACAGGUCCCAGCAGCAGUGAUGGACCUAGCUCAAAACAAGAUAGACAAACCCCUCUGCCACUGGCCAGGAAUCCUGAGCCUGAGCCUUCAAAACGCAGUCAGCCUAAGAAAUCCCUCACCUUUAACCUGGGGCCAUCAACCUCUCCCAAAACCAAAGCCAAACAGUUCAAGAGGUCCCCCCGUGACUCUCCAGAGCAGAGAGCAUCCCCCUCUCCUUCUCCUAGCCCUGUAUCCCCUCAUGUGCCAUCCCCCUCUCCUUCACCACCUAUAGGCCAGCCCAAAGAGGAGGUCUUUAGGAGGGUUCUUCAGCAGCAGGAGAGACUGAGGGCCAUUGAGGUCCAACUAGAAGCCCUAGAGAGGGAGUCACACGUGUGGGAGCGUCCUUACCCAUCUCCCUGUCCUUCACCAGUAUCGGACGCUCGCCUUCAGGAGGAAAUAGACGCUCUGGAGCAAGCACUGCGAAGGAACCAGGCUGAACUUGCCCACGAGCAGUACUGGGAGGAGGAGUUUCAGGCAGAGAUGGAAAGGGAGCGAGGAAUGAGGAGGAAGUUGGGAGAACUCCAUGCCAAGUUAGACGAUUGUGGACGGCGACUGCAUGAGUUUUCGGUUCGUUCUGCUCAGCUGGAGCAAGAGAUCCAGCGGGAAAGCCAGUCAGAAGGGAAAGCCAACGGGCCUGAGGAGUCCCUCGAUGCUGUGAAGGCUGAGCUCCAGAGCCAGGAGAGACAUGGGACAGAACUGGAGGAUCAGCUGUCUGAGACUGACAAGGCUCUGGGGAAGGCAGAGUCUCUGCUGCAGGCUAAACAGGAGGAGCUAGAGGAGUUGAAUAAGGAGCUAAGACAGUGUAACCUGCAGCAGUUUAUCCAACAGACAGGUGCUCUGCCUGCACACAAUCAAUCCCGCACAGAGCUUCAGGAGCAGCUGGAGCAGUUAGAGCUGGCACAUCUUCUACAGGAAGAAUACAGGAAUGGAAGUCGAAGUACAACUCCAGUGGAAUCCCCGCCUCGCCCCACUGCCAAACAGUUCCUGGGACAUCCCCGCAAUCUUCAAAACCCUCUAGUGUCCAGUCUCAACCCCGAGGUCUUGACAUCCCGAGAGUCGUCAUGGAGAUAAAACAUGGACCACAUGGCCAAGGGAAACAUGUUCACUGUUCUGUCACCGCCACCUCUUAUUUAACCCCUUUCUUUGUAACUUUGUCAUUAAUCUACCAUAAUUAUACAUAUUGUAUGUACAUAAGACAAAUAUAUUUACAGAGUUUUGCUACUGUAAACACUGCAAAGUAUCUGUAUUAAAUGUAAAAUAAUUUAGGAACCUUUUACGCAUAGGAAUUAUUACUAUGUAUUUAAAUAUAAUAAAAAUGUGCUUUGUGUUUUAGAUAA